CAAAACCCACCUUGUGGUCACCAAAAAAAACUCCCUCUUCCUAUUCCUCUUCCUCUGUUUCUCUCACAAACGCUUUCCAAAAACCAUCUCUUUCAAGCUCAAAGAGCCAUGCCUGAAGAAGCUCCUCCAAACACCAACACCACCGACCACUACAAACUCCUCGAGAAGAACAAGAAGAGCCUUCAAUUCAUUGAAGAUGUCACUGCCAACGCCGACCAAGUCCAGCGCCGCGUCCUCGCCGAAAUCCUCUCCCGCAAUGCUGGCGUCGAGUACCUCCGCCGCCACGGCCUCCCCGCCCACGCCGAUCGCGACACCUUCAAAAACACCCUCCCGGUCAUCUCCUACGAGGACAUUCAGCCCGACAUCAACCGCAUCGCCAAUGGCGACUCCUCUCCCAUCCUCUGCUCUUCCCCCAUUUCCGAGUUCCUCACCAGCUCGGGGACGUCGGGAGGGGAGCGAAAGCUGAUGCCGACGAUCGAGGAGGAGCUGGAGAGGAGAUCAUUGCUGUACAGCCUGCUGAUGCCGGUGAUGAGCCAAUUCGUGGGAGGGCUAGAGAAGGGCAAAGGAAUGUACUUCCUGUUCGUGAAAUCAGAGGCCAAAACGCCGAGUGGGCUAUUGGCGCGCCCUGUUCUCACAAGCUACUACAAAAGCCCCCAUUUUAAGCACCGCCCAUUGGACCCUUACACUAACUACACGAGCCCCAACGAGGCCAUCCUCUGCCCCGACUCCUUCCAGAGCAUGUACACUCAGAUGCUCUGCGGCCUUCUCGAACGCGAACAAGUCCUCCGCCUCGGCGCCGUCUUCGCCUCCGGCUUCAUCCGCGCCCUCCGCUUCCUCCAAAACCACUUCCCCCUCCUCUGCCACGACCUCCGCACCGGCACCCUCAACCCGCAGAUCACCGAUCACCCCCUCCGCGAAUCCCUCCGCCGGAUCCUCCUCAAACCCGACCCGAAACUGGCGGACCUCGUGGAGUCCGAGUGCAGCAAGAAGUCGUGGCAGGGGAUUAUUACCCGCCUCUGGCCCAACACCAAGUAUGUGGAUGUUAUUGUGACGGGGACAAUGUCGCAGUAUAUUCCGACGCUGGAUUAUUACAGCAACGGCCUGCCGCUGGUCUGCACCAUGUAUGCUUCCUCCGAGUGCUAUUUUGGGGUUAAUUUGAAUCCUCUGUGUAAGCCCUCUGAGGUUUCUUAUACGCUGAUUCCCACAAUGGCCUAUUUCGAGUUCCUCCCUGUCGAUAGAAACAUGUCCUUGAAUGACAACGACUUGCACCGCCAGCUCGUCGACCUCGCCGAUGUUCGGCUUGGACACGACUACGAGCUGGUUGUUACAACCUAUGCAGGAUUGUACCGGUAUAGAGUGGGGGACGUUCUACGAGUCGCGGGGUUCAAGAACAAUGCGCCGCAGUUCAACUUCAUAUGCAGGAAAAACGUGGUGUUGAGCAUAGAUUCGGAUAAGACAGACGAGGUGGAGCUUCAAAACGCUAUGAAAAACGCAGUGAGUCAGCACCUAAUGCCGUUCGAUGCGAGAGUGAGCGAGUACACGAGCUGUGUGAGCACCUCAAAAAUCCCUGGUCACUACGUCAUGUAUUGGGAGCUGACUGUGAACGGAGCCACACCGAUCCCACCCUCCAUCUUUGAGGACUGUUGCUUGACAAUUGAGGAGUCUCUCAACAGCGUGUACCGUCAGGGUCGGGUCUCGGAUAAGUCGAUCGGGGCACUCGAGAUCAAGGUGGUCGAGGCGGGGACGUUCGACAAGCUCAUGGACUAUGCCAUCAGCCUAGGGGCAUCAAUAAACCAGUAUAAGACACCAAGAUGUGUGAAGUAUGAACCCAUCAUUCAGCUAUUGAACUCAAGGGUUGUGUCAAAUUACUUCAGCCCCAAGUGCCCAAAAUGGGUUCCAGGUCAUAAGCAAUGGAAUUGAAUUGGAAUUUGGAAAGGACAUUUUUAGGGUUACUUUUUUCAUGGAGGUCCUCACAAAAUAAUUUAACUUGUCAAUUUAUCUAGGGAAAAAUUUAAUCACCCUAGAUCUCUCUCUCUCUCUUUUUUUGUUUAGAACUCAUGUUUCUUAAUUAGCUUCUCUAAUCUUGUUCUUCUGUAUCCUUUCUGAAAAUUUUAGCAAGCUGUUGGAAAUGGGUAGACUUUGAACUAGACCAAUGUACAAAAACAGUUCUUGUUCAUGCAAGUAAUCUUCUUCUUCUUU